AUGCUCACCGAAUCCUUCUUCGGCGCAGACGCCGCCCGGCCCCUCUGGGACUCGGACCCCCUCGCCGACGCCUUCACCCUCCAAGACGCCGCCGCCCCCCUCGACACCGCCGUCGUCGCCUCCGUCGCCCGGCCCUGGCUCUUCACCUACAACCCAACCGUCUUCCCCAACAACCGCGCCGUCCUCAUCCUCGGCGGCGGCGGCUACGUCGAGCUCAUGCUCGGCCGCGAGGGCGUCCAGGUCGCCCGCUGGCUCGCCUCCCUCGGCUUCGCCGCCCACGUCCUCGUCCACCGCUUUCCUAAUUCUUCCACCUCCCCCUCCGCGCCCCUCGACGACGCCCGCCAGGCCCUCCGCCUCAUCAAAGAAACUUCUAUCUCUCCCGAUGGCGGGGUGCCCUCGCUGGCGGUGUGCGGGCUCUCCUCCGGCGGGCACCUCGCCGCUGCCCUGCUGUCCGAAUACCCGCCCCAAUGGUCCGCAACCGCAGGCGCCCCCGUCCCGGACCUGGAGUUUGCCAUUAUAGGCUACGCACCCAUCUCGACCAACGCAAGGGGCCACCAGAUCGUGCCGAACAAGGCGCCGCUGCCGCCGGCGGAGAAGCAGGCGCUGUACGACGCCGUCAUCCCCGACGUGCAGCUGCGCAAGCCCGCGCCGCCGAGUUUCGUCGUGUACGCGGGCAACGACCCCGUGGUGCCGGUGGUGAACGCGUACCGGAUCGCGCAGGCGGUGCAGGCGGCCGGCGGGCAGGUGGAGCUGCAUGUGUAUGGCGAUGCGCCGCAUGGGUUCGCGCUGGAUACCGAGGGGCUGCCGGUGAGUGGGUGGACGGGGGUUUGUGAGCAGUGGUUGAGGCAGAGGGGGAUCGUGGGGGGAGGGUGUUGGGGGGUGUAA